GGCUUGCUGACAGGCGUUCCCAGCAGAAAAACCAAACUCCUCCACCAGUCUCUCAAACAGACAAGCUGUAGUCAUGUGCGGAAUCUUUGCCUAUCUCAACUACCAUGUGCCAAGGACUCGCCGUGAGAUCCUUGAGAUCCUCCUUAAAGGUCUGCGGCGUCUGGAGUACAGAGGCUACGACUCAGCCGGUGUGGGGAUCGACGGCGGAAACGUGAAGGAGUGGGAGUCAAACGCAAAGUCCAUCCAGCUGAUUAAGCAACGUGGAAAAGUGAAGGCUCUCGAUGAGGAAAUCCACAAACAGCAGGACAUCGACUUGGACGUGGAGUUUGAUGUUCACCUCGGCAUCGCUCACACCCGCUGGGCCACACACGGCGAACCCAGCCCCAUCAACAGCCACCCACAGAGAUCCGACAAGUCCAACGAGUUCAUUGUUAUUCACAACGGGAUCAUCACCAACUACAAAGACCUGAGGAAAUUCUUGGAGAGCAAAGGCUACGAGUUUGAGUCGGAGACUGACACGGAGACCAUCGCCAAGCUGGUGAAGUACAUGUACGACAACCGGGAGAGUGACGACAUCAGCUUCGCCACGCUGGUUGAGCGUGUGAUCCAGCAGCUGGAGGGAGCGUUUGCACUGGUCUUCAAAAGUGUCCAUUAUCCCGCAGAGGCAGUUGGCACAAGGAGGGGCAGUCCUCUGCUGAUCGGAGUGCGCAGUGACCACAAGCUGUCCACCGAUCACAUUCCUGUGCUCUACCGCUCUUCUGGUAAAGACAAGAAGAGCUGCAGCGCUCUCCCCAGGACGGGCCAGGACACCUGCCUUUUCCCCGUGGACGAGAAAGCCGUGGAGUACUACUUUGCCUCUGAUGCAAGUGCGGUGAUCGAGCACACAAACCGUGUGAUCUUUCUGGAGGAUGACGACGUGGCCGCCGUGUCGGACGGAUGUCUGUCCAUCCACAGGAUAAAGCGCAGAGUCGGAGACUACCCGGCUCGGGCCAUCCAGACCUUGCAGAUGGAGCUGCAGCAGAUCAUGAAGGGAAACUUCAGCUCCUUCAUGCAGAAGGAGAUCUUUGAACAGCCGGAGUCUGUGGUGAACACCAUGAGAGGAAGAGUGAACUUCGACAACAACUCAGUGACGCUCGGCGGGCUGAAGGAUCACAUCAAAGAGAUUCAGAGGUGUCGGCGACUAAUCCUCAUUGCCUGUGGCACCAGCUACCACGCCGGCGUAGCAACCCGUCAGGUCCUGGAGGAGCUCACCGAGCUGCCCGUCAUGGUGGAGCUGGCCAGCGACUUCAUGGACAGGAACACGCCCGUCUUCAGGGACGACGUCUGCUUCUUCAUCAGCCAGUCAGGGGAGACCGCCGACAGCCUCAUGGCCCUCCGCUACUGUAAGGAGAGGGGGGCUCUGACUGUGGGCAUCACCAACACAGUGGGCAGCUCCAUUUCCAGGGAGACCGACUGCGGGGUCCACAUCAACGCUGGGCCAGAGGUCGGAGUGGCCAGUACCAAGGCCUACACCAGUCAGUUUGUGGCCCUGAUCAUGUUUGCGCUCCUGAUGUGCGACGACAGGAUCUCCAUGCAGCCCAGACGCCGGGAGAUAAUCCAGGGGCUGAAAGUGCUUCCAGAUCUGAUUAAGGAGGUCUUGAGCUUGGACGAUGAGAUCCAGAAGUUGGCGCAAGAGUUGUACCAGCAGAAGAGUGUGCUCAUCAUGGGCAGAGGCUACCAUUACGCAACCUGCCUGGAGGGAGCGCUGAAAAUCAAGGAAAUCACGUACAUGCAUUCAGAGGGCAUCCUGGCCGGAGAGCUGAAGCACGGUCCUCUGGCGCUGGUGGAUAAACUCAUGCCGGUCAUCAUGAUCAUCAUGAGAGACCACACCUACACCAAGUGUCAGAACGCCCUGCAGCAGGUCGUUGCCCGCCAGGGCCGCCCCAUUGUGAUCUGUGACAAAGACGAUUACGAAACCAUCAAAAACUCCAGCCGCACCAUCAAAGUGCCUCACUGCGUGGACUGCCUGCAGGGCAUCCUGAGCGUCAUCCCUCUGCAGCUGCUGUCCUUCCACCUCGCCGUCCUCCGAGGUUACGACGUGGACUGUCCAAGAAACCUGGCCAAGUCUGUGACAGUGGAGUGAAACGCACCAUUCAUCACCUGACGUCGGCAACAACAGAAGCCUGGCAGACACACGGGGACACCGAGACGGCGUCCGGACGAAGAAACCCAGACACGUCCCACUUCUCUGCCCGCUUGCUCUUUUUAAUGCAAUCAUCUUUCUCGACGGUCGUGUAUCUUACUGUUGCAUAUUAUCUGUAGUUCACUGUCUAUCCCCUCCAGUCGUGAUUGUCGUUAUUUCGUUGUCUGUGAUGUUGUUUUGUCUGUGGUGGCAGGGACUGGGCUGGCACUUCAACCAUCUGCUGUGAACGCGUAAACAACUGACAGUUGAUCAUUCAGGUUUCUCCACACGGGUGCUCCAAACUCAGAAGAAGCCCUCCAUGUUUAUUUGAGCGUGUUAGUCUCUCUGGUAGCUGACGUCAAAACUCGACUGACAGAAAUACAGUUUCAGGACCUUGCUGGCUCAUUCACAGGUUUAGUGCAAUGAUUUGUAGGUUGGUUGGGUUUUUUUUUUUUUUGUUUUGUUUUUCUUUGGCAGCUAAUUAUCUGAAGUGUCUUCAUUCCGUAGUUGAAGUAAAUCAGUCUUUAAUCAUUCCAAGUCACAGGUCUUCUUCUUUUUAGAAUUUCAGCCCAGUUUUCCAGCCUCAGUAACUUUACGGACUUUCUUCUGAAUGUACUGAAGUAGAAACAUCAGAAGUCAGAUUACUUAAGAAUCUUGUAAAUACACAACUGUACUGUGUCUUCUUGAACUGGUCUCGUCUUUGGAUCUCAUGUUCUGCAGUUCAAACGCUGGUCUGGGUGCCUUCAGUUAGUGAGAAUAAGUCUUGUUUACUGAAGACCCGCAGUAGAAGGAAGACUGUGCUUCUUCUCGUUUCUGGUUUACAGUGUUUUCACGUAAACCACGAACUGAAGUAAUUAAUGUGAGGUGCUCACCUGCAGUAGAAAUUGCACAGUCGCCAGCCCACACUCUGCCACCAUCACUGCUGCAAUCACAUUAUUGGGACCAUUUGUACUUCAUAGCUUUGUUAUAUUUUAGUCUCUUUUUUUUUCUAUUAUUGGAGUUAAUAUUUUUGUUUGGAAAUUGAAUGUUACCAUCAUUUUAAAAUGUCAAACCAAAAUUGUUGUAACGGCUUUGGCAGUUGUAAACCAAAACAUAGAUUUUAUAUGUUCAUGUAAUGUUUUUGUAGCCACGUGUGCGGAUGCCUUUAGGUUGUGUCACAUUGUGAAGUCCAAAGGGAGCGUAUACACAGCUACACGGCAGUAUGUCACACCGUAGAUGUUUACUUCAGUAGGAAAGUCUCCUGCCAGCUGUGUGUGUGAGUAUGUGUGUGAGAGAGAGAUCCCAGAUGUCUUUUAUUCAAAAGCCAAGAAAAGACUGAUUAUGUGCACACAACUUUGCAUCAGUGAAGAAACAGGAGCUGCAUGUCUUUUAAAAAACCAUCUGACGUUUGAAAAUGUUUAUCUUGCUUCUGCAGUCGAGCCUUAACUUUUAAUUUGUUUGCAGCUCUUCGUCUCAUCUCGAAGCUUUUCCUGAGCCAGUGAUAGGGUUUAAAACUGGACGACGUUGUUACAGGUACUUUUCGUAACCCGCGCUAGAAAACUUUGAUUUCUCGGUUGGAUGCGUUAACAAACGGACACGACACUGAAUCUGAGCGCCGUCUGCUGGGUUACAGAGGGGGUGGGGCACUAUUUAUUAGUGGAAAUGAUGCAAUAAAGUGUCAAGUACUUCUCUUUUCGAAGCGUUUCCGGUCAUUCAAUGAGACACACGGUAAUCCACGAUACACCUGGUUGUAAACAUCUAAAAUAAAAAGUGAGUCUUUA